GGAUUCCCGAGCGGGGAGGAGACAGAGCUGGGGGCGUCAGCUCCGCUCCUCCCCCCGCCAUGUGAGAGGCGCUGGCCGCGGGCCGCUGAGCCCCCUUGUCCAGACACGUGGGGCUAGAGUCCGAGCCGCCUUCCCAGCUGUCAGUGCAGCUUCCAUUCUCCUCGCCCCUGCCCGCCGCGUUUCUCCUCUUCUUCCUCUUCUCCUCUUCGCAGCAAGGGUGUGCGGCCACCAUGGCUUCCAGCGAGGACGAAGGCGGCAACGGGGGUUCUUCCGAGGCGGGCGAGGAGAAAGAGACGGUCAAGAAGAGGAGACUAGGCUUCCUGGCCACCGCCUGGCUCACGUUCUACAAUAUCGCCAUGACCGCGGGGUGGCUGGUACUAGCUGUUGCCAUGGUGCGAUUUUAUAUGGAGAAAGGAACACACAAGGGUUUAUACAAAAGUAUUCAGAAAACACUUAAAUUUUUCCAGACGUUUGCAUUGCUGGAGAUAGUCCACUGUAUAAUCGGAAUUGUACCUACGUCUGUACUUGUGACUGGGGUCCAAGUGAGUUCAAGAAUCUUUAUGGUGUGGCUUAUCACCCACAGUAUAAAACCAAUCCAGAAUGAGGACAGUGUGGUACUUUUUCUGGUGGCGUGGACUGUGACAGAGAUUACUCGAUAUUCCUUCUACACAUUCAAUCUUCUGAACCACUUGCCAUACUUCAUUAAAUGGGCCAGAUAUAAUUUUUUUAUCAUCUUGUAUCCUGUUGGAGUUGUCGGUGAACUUCUCACUAUUUAUGCAGCCUUACCCUAUGUAAAGAAGACAGGAAUGUUUUCACUAAGACUUCCUAACAAGUACAAUGUUUCCUUUGACUAUUAUUACUUCCUUCUUAUAACUAUGGCCUCCUACAUACCAUUGUUCCCACAGCUCUAUUUUCACAUGCUGCGGCAAAGGAGAAAGGUGCUUCAUGGAGAGGUGAUUGUGGAAAAAGAUGAUUGAAUGUCCCUAUGAGGAAGGUGCUUUUUCAGAAUAAGGAUUUUUACAGAAACUCUUUGAUCCUCAUCAUCAUCCAUGUUUAAUAACAAGAAUAAACCUUGAAAUACCCUGGAUUGUAUUAUUUCCUAAAUGUUAACUGAAGACUUCAUAUUUACCAUUUUUUUUACCUCAGGUUAUGCCAUGUUCUUUUAAAGGCAGUAAGUUCUAUGGAAAUAUCAACCAUAAAAUGUUAAAUGGAUUUUUAUUAUUAAAUAUCUAAUAGGUAUCAGGAGUCAUUAAGAGUUAAUGUGAUAAGCAUAAAAUAGGAAUGUUACUUAAAAAAAUUCCUCAAUAAUAUUAGUAAUGUGUUUUCCUUGAAAAAAUGCAUAGUCUUUUAAAAUCAAUGUUAACAAAUUAGUUUAGUGACUUAAUAUUAUAGGAGUGGGAAUGAGUACCAUUCAGGUGACAUUUGUUAGCUCAAGUAAAUGCAAGAUGAUAAAUUUCUUUAAUAAUGUAUUGAUAUUUGUCUAAUUUGAUUUGUCCAGCUAUGAAAUAAAGUAUAUGAUCUGUGGUGGUGCAGGAGGGACAUGUGCUGUUUUUAUAGCAGAACUUUUUUGUGGGUCUCAGGAAGUCCUGGAUGAAGAUUACCAAUUAUCAAUGAAGAUUUGCUAGUAUUUUGACACUUUUAGUCUUAGAAAGUUGUCAGGGUACUGAGAAGUUAAUUGACGAAUCCAGGGCUUCCUGGCUGUGAGGAGGACUCUGUCCUCUAAAAUUAUAAAGUUAGCAAAAAUGACAAGUGGUCACUGAAUUGCUUAUACUGAGGGGUUUAAUAUAAGUGCAGGGCCAGGCAUUUGUGUGCUUUAGGCGAGGUUUGACACUUUGGGUCCCCCUGAAUUUGAAAAUUGUGCCCACUGGAUGUUUCUGUCCACUGGAGAUUUUAAGUCUUGGCUUUAACUCAUGUGACUUGAAGGAUCACAAAAGAAAUGCCUACCUGCCAGGCAACAUGGAACUCUCUGCAAUUAAAAAAUAUGUGUCUUUUAAAUAUGAUAUUGAUAUUGAUAAGUGCCUCCCCUUUGUCCCCACUCACCUUUCAUUGCCAAGCUGCUGCCUACCCUGCACCUAGUCUAUUCUAUCUCUAAUUCUGGCUUUAGGUGUAUGUGAUCUUUAACAAUGUGUUCAACCUGUUGAUAUCAGUUUCUAAGAAGAAUAUUUAAGUUUAUUUGGAUACCUACCCUUACCCCCAAAGUUAGCUUAGUACUUUUUACUUGUCUGAUAUUUUUUUCUCCUGUUUCUCAGGAGUCAAAGGAGUUAGAAAAAAUAAAAAUAAGUACAUACUUCCACAAUACAACCUUGUUAUAAUUCUAUUAUCAGUCUCUAUACCAUAGUACCCCUUUUAAGGAAAAAAAAAGUGCUUAAUAACAAGGUUCUUUGCAUACAUAACUAAACCCUCUUUAAGAAAGACCUUUCCCGUCUUAUCCCAAAUUCUUCUCUGUAUAAAUAGUUGUAAUUUACAUGUCUAUUAGAUAAAUUUUUUAAAAUUUAUUUUAAUUUUUAAGAUGACCUUCCUAAGUUUUUGGUUGUUAUUAAUUUCUUCUCAUAAUAAAGUGAUUUGGGCAACUGUUUGACCUACUUUAGAGAGAUUAUCAUAUGAUGGGGGGGAACCCUUAGAGUCAUGGAUUAAAGUUUGGCUUUCAACAUACUGUAUUGUUUACAUUUACAGUCAAUAGAUAUAAUCUUAUUUUUCAAAAUUAUUUGUUUCAUUUUAUAGAUCGUCUUUCGAAAUUCUUUAAUGUAGUAGGGAUGUUGGUAUUUCAGAAGCUUUUUUUUUGCCAAUUAUUCUCUUUUAAAACAAGUUGGUGAUCAAAGGUGCUAUCAUUUCACUUAUUAAACUAUUUUAAUGUUUUAUACA